AUGGCCGUUGGCGGAGAGGACGGCGACGGCGGAGGUUCACAAAUCACAACCAUGGCUUCAGAGAAUGGUAAUGGUGGUGGAGGGGAAACUGGAUCAUCUUCUUCGUUUAGAGGAAGAGGGAGGAAAAAUAUUAGGGGUAAUAGGACUGAUAUUGGGUGGAAAUAUGGAACAGAUGUUAAUGGUGAUGCUAGGAAAGUGAAAUGUAGUUUUUGCGCUAAAGUCAUCUCUGGUGGAGUUUAUAGAUUCAAGCAUCAUCUUGCGGGGACUAGCGAUGAUUCUGGACCUUGUGCACAAGUGUCAGAUGAAGUUAAAAUGGAAAUGUUGAAAUGGGUUGCAACUCUUGAAGAGGCAGCAGAGAGGAAACGAAAAAUGGCUGAAAUUGCUCAGGGUAAUGUAACUGAAGAUCCAGCAUUUGAAGUUGAAGUCUCUCAGCAUCUGCAAAAAGUAAGGGGGAAAGCUAGCGCUUCCGGGACACAAACCAAAAUUGAUGCUAUUGCUAAAAAACCCUUAAAGGUGGAGGCAGAUGAUGCUGUUGCAGAGUUUUUCUACACAAGUGCGAUUGCAUUUAACUGUAUAAGAAAUCCAGCAUUUGCAAAAAUGUGUGUGGCAAUUGGAAAAUAUGGGCCUGACUACAAACCUCCUAGUUAUCGUGAUAUCAGUGAUAAAUUAUUGGUAAGAGCAGUGGAUAGAACUAAUGAAAUUGUUGAUAAAUUUAAGGAAGAGUGGAAGACAACUGGUUGUUCAAUCAUGUCUGAUGGGUGGACAGAUAGGAAAAGACGUUCAAUUUGCAACUUUAUGGUAAACAGUCCUAAGGGGACAGUUUUUCUAUAUUCAUUGGACACUUCUGAUAUUUCCAAAACAGCUGAUAAAGUUUUUAAGAUGUUAGAUGAUGUUGUUGAGGCUGUAGGAGAGGAUAAUGUGAUCCAAGUGGUUACCGAUAAUGCUGCAAAUUUCAAAGCUGGUGGGGAAUUGUUGAUGCUGAAGCGAACAAAGUUGUUCUGGACUCCUUGUGCUGCCCAUUGUAUCGAUUUGAUACUUGAGGAUUUUGAAAAAGAGAUGAUAAUUCACAAUGUCACUAUAAAGAAUGCAAGAAAGUUGACUACCUAUAUUUACAAUAGAACCAUGCUAAUUACCAUGGUGAGGAAGUUCACAAAUGGGAGGGAUUUGAUUAGGCCUGCUUUGACAAGAUUUGCCACUGCAUAUUUGACUAUUGGAUGUCUCAAUGAUCUCAAAUCAUCGUUGAUUAAUAUGUUUGACUCAAAUGAUUGGAAGUCCAGUAGGUUUGCAACUACAGAAGAGGGGAAAAAAAUGGCAUCUGGUAUCUUGGAUCAACGUUUUUGGAAGAAUAUUGGUGUAUGCCUCAAAACUGCAGCUCCUCUAAUGGAUGUGCUUCAUUUAGUGGAUUCAGAUGAAAAACCCGCCAUGGGUUACAUUUAUGAGGCGAUGGAUGCUUGCAAAAAACAGAUUCAAAACAAUUUCAACAAUGUUCAGAAAUGUUAUGAACCUGUAUGUAAAAUUAUUGAUCAACGUUGGAUGGGUCAGCUCCAUAGGCCAUUGCAUGCAGCUGGAUAUUAUCUUAAUCCUCAAAUUCACUUUGGCCCUAAUUUUAAAGGUAACGAUAUUGACAUUAAAAAUGGACUGUUUUCGGUAAUAUCAAAGUUGGUAAGUGAUGCUGCAGAGAGGUCCAAGAUAAAUUCGCAACUUGCAGACUUUCAUUUUUCUAGAGGGCCUCUUUUUGGUUCCGAGUAUGCAAAGAAAGCUAGGGCAGAGAUGCAUCCAGGACAAUGGUGGGAGAUGUAUGGAGAUUAUACACCAGAGUUAAAGAGGUUUGCUAUUCGAAUUUUAAGCUUGACAUGUAGCUCUUCUGGAUGUGAACGUAAUUGGAGUGCAUUUGAAAUGGUUCAUACAAAAAAAAGGAACCGGUUGCGCCAACAGAAAAUGAAUGAUUUGGUUUAUGUGAUGGCCAAUAUGAGGUUAACAAGGAAAGAAACAAGAAAGAGGGAACCAUUUGAAUUUGUUGAUAUUGAAUCUGAUGAUGAGUUUCUAACUAGCAGCACUAUUGGUCUUGAUCAUAAUGAUGAUGGUGAGAAUGUGCAGCUGCCUAUUGAUGUUGAAGGGAGUGCAAGCCAUGUGUUUGGUUCUAAUAUUGAAGACCCUUUAUUAUUUGGAGAAGAAUUUGAUGUAGAUGGAGAUGAAGAUAUAGAUGAGAAUGAUGUUAUGGAACUUUAG